AUGUUUUGCCUCCUCUCCCUCCAAUUCCAUCCCUCUCCCUCUCUCCCUCUUGUUCUUCCAUUCCCCAACCUCCACCGCUGCCGCUCUCAUCCCCCCUUUUCCGCCCUCCUCCCUGCCAUGCCCCACACCCCACUUCCCACCUUGACGAACGUAUACCAAUCACACUUCAGGCCUCGCUGCUAUGCUCCCUCGCUACUAUUCCUCUUUUCCUGCUUCGUCCACACCCCAAUGAGCGUGCCCGUGGCAGCAUCACUGCUCGCCGCUCAGCGACCAACUCAAUCCCCUCCCGUCAUCCUCCCUUCCCCCUUCUCUUCAAUCCCUACUACCCGCUCUCCUCCCUUGCCUUUCCCUUGCCUUCUCCCUCCCUGCCUCCCCACUGCGUCGCCCACUCUCCCAACCCUUCCCCCUCCUCUCCCUCCCUCAUCCCCUUUUCUCUACCCUGCCUCCCCCCUGUGUCGCCCUUUGGCAGCGCGGGCGCUGGUGGAGUGCGCUGCAGCAUGGGGCGUGUCACCUUACGGGUGGCGGGUGGGGGGCGACUGUGACACGGCGGAUGCCAUUGCAUGCGACACCAACGGGCUCGUCACUGCCAUGUGGAUGGGAAUGCGUGGUCUACGUGGAUCCAUCCCAACAGCGCUUGCCACUCUCACCUCUCUCACCGCUCUCAACCUGUGCUGCAACAGCCUGGAGGGCCCCAUUCCUGAAUCCUUGAGCGCCCUCACUUCGGUCUUCUACAUUGAUCUGCAAUCAAACGCGUUAAACGAGUCCAUUCCAGAUGCCAUCUCACACAUGACAACUCUUACAGCCCUCUAUCUCUCCGACAAUCAUCUGUCUGGUGCCAUCCCCCCCGCCAUUGGUGCACUCACGGCCCUCGAGAAACUUGUUCUCUCCAACAACCAGCUGUCUGGUUCCAUUCCCGCCGCCGUUGGCGCCCUCAAGGGCCUCGUGCACCUCACGCUUGAUAACAACCAGCUGUCGGGUGCCAUUCCCCCUGACAUAAGCGCUCUCACGGCCCUCCAAAUUUUCCAUCUCGCCAACAACCAGCUGUCUGGUGCCAUUCCCCCCGCCAUAAGCAAGCUCACGUCCCUCCGAUAUCUCUUCCUCUCACAAAACAUGCUCACAGGCAGCAUUCCCACGGAAAUGGGCAGCUUGAUGAUGCUUCAGUACCUCUUCAUGGAAUACAACAAGCUGGGAAGCUCCAUCCCUAACGCUCUGAGUACUCUCACCAGCCUGUACCACCUGUCAAUAGCCAACAAUGAGCUCGAAGGGACCAUCCCUUCCUUCCUCUCUUCCUUCAGAACACUCACCCACCUUGUGCUAUCCAACAACAAGCUGUCAGGAACCAUACCCACCUCUAUAGGCGCCUUGACGAGCCUCAAUGGCCUUGUGCUAUCAAAUAACACGCUGUCAGGAGCCAUACCCACUUCUAUAGGCGCUUUGACAAACCUCUAUGCCCUCUACCUGAACGACAACAAGCUUGAGGGAUCCAUUCCAGGCACGAUCUCUCAGCUGCAGUGGCUCUCAUGGCUUUGCCUUUCCUACAACUCUCUGACCGGCACCCUCGACGACCUCUCCCCACUGACCAAUCUGCACAGCCUGCUGCUGGAUAGCAACACAUUGGAGUCUCCUAUCCCGCAAAGCUUGAGUGCACUGGCAGCGUUGAAGCGCAUGGACCUGAGCAAGAACAAGUUCUCAGAGGACUUUCCGACUGUCCUCACCCGGAUGACACAAGUGGAGCACAUGAAGCUGGGCAAAAAUGACUUCACAGGCAGCAUUCCUGCCUCCAUCACCUCUCUCAUUUCCCUCACCUACCUUGAUCUAGGCUACACGUUGCUAUCCGGCACAAUCCCCACCGCCAUCACCAAAAUGCAGCACCUCUCUCGCCUUGACCUGCAAAUACCAACACUCACGGGCUCCGUGCCGGCCUCCAUGGGUGCCAUGCUCAAUCUGCAGUACCUCUAUGUCAACUACGAGGCGACGCCAUGCGGUUACGGGAAGUGCGAGGUGGUGCAGUACUCCGGCACAGCCUUCUGCCGUGCCUGCACUGACUUCUGCGACACGUGCUCUCGCAAGG